CAGAGGUUUCGGCUCAGCAUGGAGGCCGUGUCGGAUUUGUUAUUAUCGUUUAUUGUUUAUCUUGUGUUAAGCUAAUGUGUACCUGUAGUUAAGGAUGUGUGGGUGACAUGUUAAAGAUUUAAACCUCAGUUUGGGCCUAAAACAAGAGGAGAUGUGAGGAUAGAUAGUGAUGAAAUAGCAGCUGGGCGUGUUUACAGUACAGCUGUUAGUGUUUAGGCUCAGGUGAGUUACUGUCUAUCUGCAGGAGGAUGAGUAAUAGUUAUUAGAGGAUGCUGUGUAAUGUGGCUGUGGGUUAUGUUAUGCUGCUUUGUUCAGGCAAAUACAAGAUGUGCUUCUGAAUCAAAUUAGACAGUAAAGAAACACACUUAUUAGACAACACUUACAGUACAUUGAUUUAAUUUGGUGUUAUGACCUAACAACACCGUUAUUUUUACUAUUCUUUUUGUUGUUGCAUGGACAGAAUAUGAGACAUGCAAAAUGCUUUACUUAGAAGCAAGAUACACUGACUAUAAGCCUCUAUUUGUUGUUUAUUUUUAUGUCAAUGUGUGGUCAUUGUAUGUCUUGUUGUAAUUGCUUCGUGUCUUUGUAGUCAUUUUGUGUAUUAUUUAGCUAAUUGUGUGUCUCUCGGUAGUCAUUUUGUGUCUCUUGGUUGUCUUAUCUUCUCAUCCCCAGAAAACCCAUCCAUCCCUUCUCCAUCACCAAUCACCCGUGGCGUUUCGAUGCCUAACGCCUCAGAAGGUCAGGGGUCAAACCUCCCCGGGCCCUCGGACCCCCCCUCUGUGCUUCAGAGGCCCCCGGACACAGAGGACGAGAAGAACCGCAGCCUGAUGAUGGCAAGGGAAGCUGCGAGAGUUCGGAGAGCCUCCAGCGCCGAAAUAACCCACCUCCCCUGGACCUGCCCCGUCACUCACUCCAGGGAGAAGUUCUACACCGUGUGCUCCGACUACGCUCUGCUGAACCAGGCGCCGUCCGUGUACCGGCCCGCGGACAUCUCCAACGUCUCCAUCUCCAACACCUCCAACAACCCCAACACCUCCAACAUCUCCAUCUCCAACACCUCCAACAACCCCAACAUCUCCAACAUCUCCAACACCUCCAACACCUCCAACAACCCCAACACCUCCAACAUCUCCAACGUCUCCAUCUCCAACACCUCCAACACCUCCAACAUCUCCAACGUCUCCAACUCCAACCUGCAGGACGGGAAGCCCAAACCUGAAGAGGAGUUCAGCGCCGGCCCCUCGGAUGCUGCGGGGUCCGAUGGAGACGGAGAUGGAUACGGAGACGGAGACGGAGACAUGGUGGAAGUGUUGUCCAAACCUAUCCUGGCCUGGGAGAUAGACACCACAGACUUCAACGCUGUGCUCACUAGAAAAAUCCGAACAAGUAACGUGAAGAAGAGCAGCUCAAAGAAGAUGAAGUCCUCAGACAGACAGAGCAGGAACCUGCAGGACGUCGCUCCUCCCGCCUCGCAGGAGGACAUCAAACAGAGGAAAGUGCUCGACCUCAGGAGAUGGUAUUGCAUCAGCCGGCCUCAGUACAAGACUUCCUGUGGCAUCUCCUCUCUCAUUUCCGUCUGGAACUUCCUGUACAGCACUCUGGGGGCAGGGAGUUUACCCCCCCUCUCUCAGGAGGAGGCUCUGCAUAUCCUGGGUUUCCAGCCGCCUUUUGAAGAAAUCAAGUUUGGUCCUUUCACUGGAAACGCCACGCUAAUGAGGUGGUUCAGACAGAUUAAUGAUCAUUUCCGAGUGCGCGGCUGCUCCUACAUCCUGUACAAACCUUACGGGAAACACAAGACAGCAGGAGAGACGGCUGAAGGAGCGUUGAUGAAGCUGACUCAGGGACUACAGGAUGAAUCCAUGGCGUACAUCUAUCACUGCCAGAACCACUACUUCUGUCCCGUGGGCUUCGAGGCGACGCCGCUCAGAGCUGCCAAGGCGUACAGGGGUCCUCUCCCCAUGAAUGAGAUGGAGCACUGGAUCCUGAUUGGUGAACCCAGCAGGAAACACCCGGCGAUCCACUGUAAAAAAUGGCUGGACAUUGUGACGGACCUGAACACUCAGAAUCCAGAAUAUCUGGACAUCCGUCACACAGAGAGAGGGAUUCAGCGCCGCAAAACCAAAAAGGUGGGGGGUAACCUGCACUGCAUCAUGGCCUUCCAACGGCUGAACUGGCAGAAGCUCGGGCCCUGGGCUCUGAACCUGGAGAACCUGCGGCACGACGCGGGUCACAGCAGCUCCGUGGAGGACGUGGAAGAAGAGAGAACGACCUCCAAACGCCUUGCCAACAUCGGCCGCUCCAACAGCACCGGCAGCCAGAAAGACUCCAGCUGGAAACGCCUGUCCAACAGCAGCGAGUACAGACAGAGAUCCCCCGACAGAGACCUGGAGGAGGACAUCGCAGACUGAGGGAAAGGUUAAAUAACAAGACGUUAAAGUACAGAAACACUUAGAUUAACAGGAUAAGUCUGGUUUUGUAUUUUACUACCAACUAAUCCCAUGCAAAGACAAAAACCAACCAUGUGUUAAAGGUCACCUAUUAUGCAAAAUCCACGUGUGUCCCCUCUGUGUAAAAAAGAUUCUCUCUCUUUUUGUCCUGAUCCAUUUCUAUAAAAACCUGUCUGAAAAUGAGCU